CAAGAUGGCGGCGGCUGAGGCGAGCGCCGCUGAGGCGACCGCGGCGCCAACCGGGGAAGAACCCGAAGCGCCGGUCGUGGCGCCCAUAACAACGGCAGCGACAGCAACGGCUCCUGCCCGUCCGUCGCGGCUGCCCCUGUCUCGGGUGAAGGCGCUGGUCAAGGCCGACCCGGACGUCACUCUGGCCAGCCAAGAGGCCGUCUUCAUCCUGGCGCGCGCCGCGGAGCUGUUUGUGGAAACCAUCGCCAGGGAUGCCUUCGUCUAUGCCCAGCAAGGGAAGAGAAAGACUCUGCAGAGGAAGGACUUGGACAACGCCAUCGAAGCGAUAGAUGAGUUUGCAUUUCUGGAAGGGACCCUGGACUGAACGGAGAGAAGAAGAGGCACCUGGGAAGGAGGCGCCGGAGCUGGAUCUUCAGGCCUGAGGCACACAGGGCAAGACUCUCCCAAGAUGAAGCUCUGACCCAUGGCCUUCAAAUGGACCUGAAAUGUGGGGUUUGCUUUGUAUAUACGAUACCAGAUUGUUUUGUACAUAUGAUGACCACAGUGGUUUGUUUACACCUGUACGUUGCUCAUUCUUUACCCUAAAUACAUAUAUUUUUGUCUCUACCAAA